GAGAGCCUGAGAGAGCGUGAGAGACACAGAGAGAACCGCGGCCCGGGGUGAGAGACACCGAACCGGACUGAGGGGGAGGGACCGGGAGAGGCCUGAGACAUGGCGUCCGCAGGGACAUUUGUGGACUCCAAGUCCGAGCUGACAGCCCUGCUGGAGCAGUGGGAGAGCGGACAUGGCGGAGGUCAGGAUAUGGUGCCAAUAUUAACAAGAAUGGCUGAGCUGAUCGAGAAGGAGACGGAGGAAUAUCGCAAAGGUGACCCCGACCCCUUCGAUGACCGACACCCGGGACGGGCAAACCCCGAUUGCAUGCUGGGACACCUUCUCCGCAUUCUCUUUAAGAAUGAUGACUUUAUGAAUGCACUGGUGAACGCCUACGUCAUGACCAGUCGGGAGCCGCCUCUGAAUACGGCAGCCUGUCGGCUUUUGCUCGACAUCAUGCCGGGUCUGGAAACAGCCGUGGUGUUCCAGGAGAAGGAAGGAAUCAUGGAAAACCUCUUCAAGUGGGCCAGAGAAGCAGAACAGCCCCUGCGCACCUACGCCAUAGGACUGCUGGGGGGAGCCAUGGAGAACCAGGAUAUCGCUGCCAAUUACCGUGAUGAGAACUCGCAGUUGGUUGCUCUCGUUUUGCGCCGACUACACGAGCUCCAGUCUAAAGAAACCUGCCCCAGGCCGGACGUUCGCCGCCAAAGCCCCCGUAAGCCUCUAGGGGAGCCGCUCCUUCCUCUAGACGAAGAGGCCGUGGACAUGGACUACGGCGAAAACAUGGUGGACGCCAGAGCUAAGGAUGGGGACGCCGACCUCUCGUUCCAGACGGAGGUCUCUCCGAGACUGGGAAUCCUCGUCAACUCCGACGGCACCGGACCGCCGCGGAGAACAAAAAUGGAUCUGGACAGCCACCGUAAGGUGAAACAGAAGCUGUGCUUCUCGGAGGCGGAGCGAGCGCCCAGCGAAUUAUCCAACAGCAGCUGGUCAGAGAUGUCUCCCUGGGUCAUAGGGACCAGUUAUAGCCUGUCCCCUCUCACUCCGGGCAUCGAACAAAGGCUCAUCCUCCAGUACCUGACCCCGCUGGGAGAAUAUCAAGAGCUGCUCCCCAUCUUCAUGCAGCUGGGCUCCCGCGAACUCAUGAUGCAUUACAUUGACUUGAAACGCACAAACGACGUUCUCCUCACCUUCGAAGCUCUUAAGCAUCUAGCUUCUUUGCUGCUCCACAACAAGUUUGCCGCCGAGUUCGUCGCUCACGGAGGAGUGCAGAAAUUGUUAGAAAUCCCACGGCCAUCGAUGGCGGCCACAGGGGUGUCUAUGUGUCUCUACUACCUGUCCUACAACCAGGACGCUAUGGAGCGGGUGUGUAUGCAUCCGCACAAAGUGCUCAGCGAUGUUGUGAAUUACACCCUGUGGCUCAUGGAAUGCUCCCACGCCUCCGGCUGCUGUCAUGCCACCAUGUUCUUUUCCAUCUGCUUCUCCUUCCGAGCUGUACUGGAGCUGUUCGACCACCAAGAUGGCCUCCGACGACUGGUGAACCUGAUCAGCACUCUAGAAAUCUUAAAUUUGGAAGACCAGGGAGCUCUGCUGAGCGAUGAUGAGAUUUUCGCAAGUCGCCAAACGGGGAAGCACACGUGCAUGGCUCUGCGACGAUACUUUGAGGCGCAUUUGGCCAUCAAGGUGGAGCAGGUCAAGCAAUCUCUGCAGCGGACAGAAGGAGGACUUCCAAUACAUCCUCCUCCUCCCUACAAGGCCUGCACAUACACCCGGGAGCAGAUUGUCGAGAUGAUGGAAUAUCUUAUAGAGUUUGGACCCUCUCAGCUGUACUGGGAGCCGGCUGAAGUGUUCCUGAAACUUUCCUGCGUCCAGCUGCUUCUGCAGCUCAUCUCCAUCGCCUGCAGCUGGAAGACUUAUUACGCCAGGAACGACACGGUCCGCUAUGCUCUGGAUGUCCUCGCUAUCCUUACCGUGGUGCCAAAGAUUCAGCUGCAGUUGGCGGAGUCGGUUGAUGUUUUGGAUGAAAGCGGCUCCACUGUCACUACUGUUGAUGUUUCGUGUACCAUAUCCUAUAAUAAUGGCAUAAGCAUCGUGUUGGGAGUCGCGGAGGGUGAAGUCUUCACCCACGACGCCGAAGUCCAGAAAUCUGCCCUGCAGAUCAUCAUCAAUUGUGUCUGCGCUCCGGAGGCUCGAAUCUCCAGCAUCGGCAAAUACGUCUCGGGGACGCCUCGCCGACGGGUUCCGCUCUCCCACUCCUACCCGCCGCACGGCAGCGGGGAGCCGACGCUGUCCAAGAUGUGGAAUGUCGUGCAGUCCAAUAACGGCAUCAAGGUUCUCCUGUCCCUCUUGUCGGUGAAGAUGCCCAUCACAGACGCCGACCAGAUCCGCGCGCUGGCCUGCAAGGCGCUGGUGGGUCUGAGUCGAAGCGGCUCCGUCCGUCAGAUUAUCAGCAAGCUGCCUUUAUUCAGCAGCAGUCAAAUCCAGCAGCUGAUGAAGGAGCCGAUCCUCCAGGACAAGCGCAGUGAACACGUCCGGUUCUGCAAGUACGCUGCUGAGCUGAUCGAGAGGGUCUCGGGAAAGCCUCUGUUGAUCGGUAGCGAUGUAUCUUUGGCGCGGCUGCAGAAGGCUGACGUGGUGGCGCAGUCGCGGAUCACCUUUCCGGAGAAGGAACUCCUGCUGUUAAUUCGUAACCAUCUCGUCUCUAAGGGGCUGCAGGACACAGCGGCGGCCCUGACUAAAGAGGCUGACCUGCCUAUGACUGCUGCGCUGCAUUCCUCCUUCUUACCAGUAACCGCCACGCAGCCCCCGGCUACCUCAUCGCCUGUUACCCUGCCACGUACGCCGCGCAUCCAAGCACGCCUCGCUAGCAGCUCCAUUUGCCCUCACCUUGUGGCCCGACCUCAGCUGCCUUCCCUGUCGCCAGCCCCUGUGUCUGCAGGCUCUCCUCACAUUGGACGCAUUAGCUUCGGGCGAGAGCGCCACUCCCCCUGCAACGGGAAGAGGAGCCGCGUCCUGCGGCAAAAGUCGGACCAUGGUGCCUAUAGCCAAAGUCCAGCCAUCAGGAAGCAACUGGAGCGGCUCGUGCCUUCGCCGCCCACACUGGACAGUAUUAUGACUGAAUACCUACGGGAACAGCACGCCCGCUGCAAGAACCCCGUAGCCAUCUGCCCCCCUUUCUCUCUCUUCACCCCGCAUCAGUGCCCCGAGCCCAAACAGCGCAGACAAGCCCCAACCAAUUGCACCUCACGACUCACCCGCCGAGCUGCCUUCCCCAAAUACGGGGGCGUGGAUGGGGGCUGCUUCGACCGCCAUCUCAUAUUCGGCAGGUUCCGUCCAAUCUCAGUUUUCCGAGAGGCCAACUUGGACGAAAGUGGCUUUACGUGUUGUGCGUUCUCGGCGCGGGAGCGUUUCCUGAUGUUGGGGACCUGCACAGGGCAGCUAAAACUCUACAAUGUGUUCAGUGGACAGGAAGAAGCCAGUUACAACUGUCACAUCUCCGCUAUAACGCACUUGGAGCCAUCGCGGGACGGGUCUCUCCUACUGACUGCUGCAACAUGGAGCCAGCCGCUGUCUGCCUUGUGGGGCAUGAAGUCCGUCUUUGACAUGAAACAUUCAUUCCCCGACGAUCAUUAUGUGGAGUUCAGCAAACACUCUCAAGAUCGCGUCAUCGGCACAAAGGAAGACGUGGCUCAUAUUUACGAUAUCCAGACGGGUCAGAAGUUGCUGACUUUAUAUAACCCCGACUUGGCCAAUAAUUACAAGAGGAACUGUGCUACUUUCAACCCCACAGAUGACCUGGUGCUGAACGAUGGGGUCCUGUGGGAUGUUCGCUCCUCUCAAGCCAUCCACAAGUUUGAUAAGUUCAACAUGAACAUCAGCGGGGUGUUCCAUCCCAACGGGUUGGAGGUCAUCGUCAACACCGAAAUUUGGGACCUUCGAACCUUCCAUCUCCUACACACAGUGCCUGCACUGGACCAGUGCCGAGUCGUCUUCAACAACACAGGGACCGUUAUGUAUGGAGCCAUGCUUCAGGCCGAUGAUGAAGACGACCUUCUGGAGGAGAGAAUGAAGAGUCCAUUUGGUUCGUCGUUUCGCACAUUUAAUGCCACAGAUUAUAAACCCAUUGCUACUAUUGAUGUGAAGAGGAAUAUUUUUGACCUUUGCACAGACACGAAAGAUUGCUAUCUGGCUGUGAUUGAGAAUCAAGGCACAAUGGACGCUCUGAACAUGGACACGGUGUGCCGGUUGUAUGAGGUGGGCCGGCAGCGUCUGGCUGAGGACGAGGAUGAAGAGGAAGAUCAGGAGGAGGAAGAGCAGGAGGAUGAAGACGACGAUGAUGACGACGACGAUUCUGAUGAUCUGGAGCCUCUGCUGGAUGCUGAGAUAGAAGAGGAGGAAGAGGCCGGAGAACAGGCAGGAGAGGAUGGAGAGAAUGAUUUCUCCCCCUCUGAUGAUGAAGAGUUGGCCAAUCUUCUGGAUGAUGAUGAGGAAGGACAUGACGAUGAUGAUGACGACUCCGAUAUGGACCCCGAGGUGGAGCUCAUUCUGGGAGACUCGGACAGCUCUGACAAUUCGGACCUUGAAGACGACAUCAUCCUGGCACUAAACGAAUGAGGAAUGGUGUGUCCAGCGAGCGUACACAGGGUCUUUUUCCCUCCCUGGAGUCACUGUGAGGAGCGCCAGAGCAGCCAGGUACGAAGGUGGAGCGGCGUAUUACCUGUGACAACUCCACCCCUAAAUAAAAAAUAAAAACACACCCCGGCCCGUCCUGGAGGUCUCACUUCUCAUCUCUGUUCCUGCAAACUCCAAGGCGGACUUUUUUUUUUUUUUUUUUUUCUUUUUUGUAAAACAGAGCUCUUAAAAAAAAGAAUAAAUUAGUUUUAUAUAAAAAACUGAAAAACCCACAACCAAAAACAUCGAGUGCGGACGUUACCCCUCCCCCUCCUGACCUUGUGUUCAUUUUUCUUUGUUUUUUUUUGUUUUUCGCACAAAUGUAUUUAAUACAUGAAGAGGGUUUUUUUUUUUUUCGUCUCAAAACUUUGGCCAGCAAAGUAUUUUUAUGAUGAAAUUGUAAUAUAUUCCAUAGGAAAAGUGUAUUUUUGUUCCUUUUUAAAAGUGUGUGUGUAUUUUUUUUUGGGAGGGGGGGGUGUUGUUUUUGCGCGCCAACAAUGGCUCGAUCUGUCUGUCUGAUGUUAAUCGAUUUUAAUCAGGAUUCAGGUUCGUGCUUUUGAUGUGGGGGGCGGUUGAUGGAGCGAAGGAGAGAACAUUAAAGCUUUACUCCAGGUUGAA